UUCCACUGUUGUCAUGGUAAUUAUUCACGAGGGUAGGCUCUCUUCCAUUUGCUUUGCUUCCAUUUUUUUUCUGUCUCCAGGAAACGCUGCAUCCCUUUGGCCACUUCCAUGUAGCAGGCAGGCAGUGUGGUGGGGGAGUUAAAGUGACACAGCUAUAUUAUGUGAAAGUAAAGCAGAGCAGCUCACAAGGGUGACAUCUUUAAAGGGGGAGUAGCCUUUUUAUAGACGAGACUCAUUGAGGAUCAGAAUCUCUCCAGACCUCCUUAACCUUAAAGGAGACUGGAGUGAAUUUCCUCUGUGGAUAGCCUUGCUUCAAAUUAUCUCCAGCCCACUGGACAGGGGAAUAACUGGAUGCUUUGUUUUCUUGCAUCUCUCUCCAUUGGUUUGUAAGGCACAGAUGGACAAGCAGCUGAUGCAGGAGGCAGUUCCCUGCACAGUGCACUCUGAAAGUGAGAACCCGAAGGCAUCUUGAAAUAGAAAUUCAAAAGAGGAGGAGGAGAAGGAGGAGAGAAAGGAGGGGGGGGGUUUGAGUAAGAGCGUUGGUAUUCCAGACUCAAUACCUAGCAUGGCUGUGCAGAAGAAACAGAGUGUCAUCCCUCCAUCGCAGGGACCACUUUCUACACGUACCAUCGAGAGCCAGAAGAAGGGGAACGGAUUUGAAAGAGCGGGAGAGAAUGGCUCUUACAUCAAACCAAAUUCACAGGCAAAGAAAGCAGCCUGUCCUGUCCACAAGCCUGCUCAAAUCUUCAACACAGUUACUCCACGGGCCACUGCAGUGGCUAAUGGACUAAAUGUUGAUGAGAGGCUGAAAGCAGCUCGAGAAAGAAGAGAGGAGCACCAGAAGUUACUCGCCUCUCGGGAACUGAGCAGGUUGGAGCGCGAGCAGCGGGCCAGGCGUUACUAUGAACGACAACUACAGGAGCGCAAGAAGAAACUCCUGGAGCAGAGGCUCAAAGAGGAGAGGAGGCGUGCUGCCGUGGAAGAGAAGCGCAAGCAGAGACUGAAGGAGGAGAAAGAGCGGUAUGAAUCCGCAGUACGCAGAACGCUGGAGAAGAGCCAAAGGGCCCAACAGAAUCUCAGUCAAAACUCAAGAGGAAGGAAGCUCGCCAAGAAUGUUCCACGUCGCUUACCACUGACAACAUGGGAGAAGAACUUGGUCAGUCGCCUCCUUACCCCCACUUGCUCUUAUCUGGCCAGGAGCAAGAGUGCUGGUUGUCAGUCAGGAGAAGAAGUUGUCCAUGUUUGUCGCCGUGCAGUUUCAUUCCACUCCAUGAAUACCACCACCACCACCACCACCCUUCACAAACCCCAGCACCACUCUGGUUCAGUCCACCACAGGCCAUCCGCCUCCCCCAGUCCCAACAACAGAAGCAUCAAUCUGGCACAGAUCAAAGCAGCAAGACAGCAAGAGGCUAACAAGAAGAACUCAAACAGUGGCUCAAGUAUUAAAUCAACUGCUGUCAACACCAGUGUGAAAUCAGCCACAGUUGCACAAAGCAGAACCCCCUCCCCCUCACCAGAACGGACUCCCCGAAGAUCAAUCAGCAGGCAUUCCACCCCGCUGCAGCUCGAGCUCCCAUCAGUCCCCGAGGAAGAUGUUGCUGUUUGCAGUUCUGCCCUCACUCCCGGUAACUCAAGGCCUGCCAGGACAUCAGCUGAAGGUCAGCAGGAGAAAAUUAGGGAUAAAAAAAAUGCACCAGAGACUCCUUGUUUGAACCUGCCCAACACUGAGACAGAGGCUAUAACCAGGACAGCUGGAGAUGGAAGUCCUUCACAUGUGCCUCCUCGUCCAGCCCCACAGCCUCCUGAAGUUGUGAGCAGGCCCUCAGCUGGGACCACAGACCCAGAGGAGGCCUCACGUAACCUGGCUGAAAAGAGGAGAGAGGCCCGACUACAGCGGGAGAGAGAGGAGCAGGAGCGCCUGCAGAAAGAGGAGGCAGAAAGGCGGAGUCGAGAAGAACUGGAGCGCAGGAGGUCAGAGGAGCGAGCGCGACAGCAGGCCGAGGCUCAGCGUCUGAUAGAGGAGAAGAGGAGGAGGGAGGAAGAGGAGCAGAGACGAGCUGAGGAGGAGCGAGCUCAGGCCAUGAGGGAAGCCGCUCUACUGCAGAAACAGAGAGAGGAGGAGCAAGCCAGAGAGAGGGCGAAAGCAGAGCAGAUGAAAAAAGAGCGAGAGAUACUCGCACAGAAAGAAGAGGCAGAGCGCCAAGCAAGAAAAAAGCGACUUGAGGAGAUCAUGCGGAGAACCAGAAGGACAGAUUCUCCAGAUACGAAAUCUGUACCAGCUAGGAUCUUGCCAAAUGAAGCCCAACCAAAGGAAAACACACAGCCUGUGAACAAUGGCACUAUAGAAGAUGUGGUCAAGCUGCCAGUGGGGACAAAGUCCUCACAGCUGGGGCUGAACAACGAGGAGGAUAUGGUACCUGUUGUGGCCUUCAAAGAACGCAGGUCUCUCAGAACGCUCACUGGCCUGGAGGAAAUCCAGACCCACCAACGGGCAGAGGUCAUCUGAGCACCUGCAAAAGUGGGCAGAAGUUCAAAGACUUUGUUGGAGAGCUGCGAUUCCUCUGUGAAAGAUGGGGAUCCCUGCGGUACAGCCAGUUUGCUGCCCCUCAGCACCUUGAAAGAGCAUGUAAAAUUACAGCCUUGCCUCACUGAGGUCGUCAGCAUUUGGUCACUUUUGUGUGUGUAACCAGUGGUACAAAUAUUGGGCAAGUUAGAUAUUAAUUUCUUCAGUACAGCAGGUUUCUGAACUAAUAAUGACUAUCCAAAAAAACAGUAGAUGUAGACAGUGGUAAUAGCUUGCUGGCAAAUGCUGUAUAUCAGUUAUGGAGAGUGUUGCCUCUGUGAAAUACUAGGAAUAGCCAUUCUAACAAUCACAACAUAUGUUAGCCAUAUGCUUUUUGCUUAUUCCUGAUAUUUCUUGCUCUAUAAGCACUUUUCCUUCCUCAGUUUUGUCACUGUGGAAUUAGAAUAGCUCAAGUUGCUGUUUGUGCUAAGAACACAAGAGUUUAGGGUGUUAGUGACAGUUCUUUUCCUACAUAAAUUCCUAUCUUACCCUUUGAUUUUGUGAAGUAUAGCAAUCACAUAUUUCAAAGCUGCUAAGGAACUUAGUUUCCAAAGACUUUGCUUCGGUUUUUGUGGGUGAUGUUCUAGAAAAUUUGAUGCACAAAGCGUUAAUUGCACUGACAGUUGCUUUGUUUGAUAUUGCGCAAAUCACUUUACAAAGCAAAGUUUGAGACGUAGAGGUUAAGUGACUUUAUUAUAAUAAAAGCAUAUAAAAACAAAAUGUAUCUGAUCAUCAGUAUUUGAUCUUACAGUUUAAGUAUUGCUUAUAACUAUCACUUGUUAACCUGUUGAGAAGUCAAAAUAUGCCAUGUUUGAUUAAAGUUGAUACUAUGCUG